AUGUCGUGCACAGUCGCCAUCAUAGGUGCAGGACCAGCAGGUCUUGCCUCCGCCAAAGCAGCACUUGAAGCUGGUUUAUCGGCUCGCGUGUUUGAAUCAGCAGAGGCUAUAGGGGGAUUGUGGUCGCCUGCUUCGAAGCUAUGUCGUCCAUCGAUGCGGACGAAUCUCUCCAAGUACACUUGCUGUUUCUCAGAUUUUCCUUGGCCCGAGAGCGCACCCACAUUCCCAACAGCUAGUCAAGUGGGCGACUACUUGGCCGCGUACGCUCACAAAUAUCUCAAGCCUGCAACGAUUUCUCUGGGAUGUAAAGUUACUGGCGUGAAGAGUCCGGGAGACGAUAAAAGGUGGUCCGUGACAUGGUCUAAUAGGUCUGGACAGCAAGAAACCGCUAUAUUUGAUCGUCUUAUUAUCGCAUGUGGCUUUUUCUCGGAACCAUAUAUUCCUGCCAUCCCUGGCCUCGAGACUUUUCCAGGAACCGUAUCUCACUCCUCCUUCUACUCCUCUCAUAAACCCUUUGAAGGCAAGCAUGUCGCAAUAAUAGGCGGCUCCCAUAGUGGCGUUGAAGUUGCGGAUGACAUCACCCCUCAUGCUGCUUCCGUACACCACGUCGUCCCACGUCAGUUCUGGGUCGUCCCGAAACAUCUCCCGCUGGAUGUCGAGGAUCCUGGGACAUCAUUUCUCCCUCUAGAUUUGGUGCUUUAUCGAUAUCCCACUCCGGUGCAAACCCAUUCAUCUACACAAGAACGAUGGAGAGAAAUGAACGAGUAUUUGCGUUCUUUUUCUGGGAACCUGUCUGAUUUCUCAGCUGACAUGAAAGCUGAUAUGAACUCGCCUCCACACGUUGCUGUUUCGGAUAUGUACACCAAUUUUGUCCGCUCUGGUCGUAUCAUAGUCCACAAAGGUCAUCUUUCUACUAUCUUUGGUUCUAAUUUGAAUCUCGAUCCCGAGAACUCGUCACCUCUCUCAAACAUGACGGAUAUCAUUUUCGCUACUGGUUUCCGCCCAUCUUCGGCAUCGACCAUCCUGCCACCGUCUCUGCUGUCUGCCCUCAACUUUUCCCCGAACGACCGCUUUCUCCCAUUUCUACUCCACCACGGUACCCUGCAUCCUUCCUUUCCAAAUGCCGCGUUUGUAGGACAAUACCGUGGUCCAUAUUGGGCUAGCAUUGAACUACAGGCCCAGUGGUGUGCCGGUUUGUUUUCUGGGUCGCUUUCGUGGCCUUCUCCCAACCAGUUCGAAGAAGGCCUUGCUUUGGAGAAACAAGUUAUAGACAGCAGACCUAGAGCGCAAUGGCCGAGGGAAUAUGUGAAAUUUUGCAGUGACUUGGCUCAAACAAUAGGAACUCCACUUUCGCCUUCUUGUCCCGGGCCUAACAAACGUCUCAUUCAGCCACAUGAUAUCUUUGCUCCGCAUCGUCUCACACGUCCUUUCUGGUUGCCAUCUUCCAAUCACCAAUGUGUCACUGAAGAAACCCCCUCGCUCCUAGAUACCCUCGAGCAUACCCUCUCUCAAUCUGCAAAUUCAGCUCUCUUCGUUGCAGCGGCUAUCUUCCGCUCUCUUCAUGGAACCUGGGUACUGAACCGAACCUACACCUCCCAUCUCCCUGACUAUCCCUCUGGGCCAAGCAUUGGGACAGCAGAAUUUACCCCCAGAAAGAUUUUAUCGGAAUCGCACCUCGAAUCCGAUCAUCAAAUUUACGAAACGGAAUACUUUUAUUCAGAAAAGACAGAAUUUAGCACCUCAACGGGGCUCAAACUUUCUGGGACGCAGCGCUACAUUUAUCGAUAUGACGAAUCCAAAGACAAACUCGAAGUAUUCUUUGCACAGCGGGACGACGCAGUUUCACGUGGCAGUCGUUUCCACCAGGUCAUCAUCGAACCUCCUUCGUUAGACGCUCCCCCUAUCCAAGCCUCUCAAAGUACGAUGUUGCCAUGGAGGGCAAAGGCCAGUCACUAUUGCAGUCCGGAUACUUAUGAUGGGUCGUACACGUUUUUCUUCAAGGGUGCAGAUCUCGAGAAGUGGAAGAUUGAGUAUGUGGUCAAGGGGCCAAAGAAGGAUUAUACGAUGGAGUCUUGGUAUUCGAGAAUGUAG